UAACAAGAGGAGGAGACACUGGGAGAAAGAGAGCAAGCUGUCGCUAGGAGGGCGGCCUUGGAGUAGCUAUUCAUUGCCAGGGUCAGAAGUUGGCCCUGUGUUUGUUCUUUACGAUGAAAGGAAACCGCGGGAGAGCGCUGAGUGGUGGAGAACGACAUUUAGCCAGUGGGCAUGAAAAUGAAUUUUAGCUGUAAUGUGCAAAAACCCUAGGUGUAUGGACAGAAGGGAACCAGCCAGAAGGUUACAACAGGUCAGGAAUAAAUAACCACCAGGCGGAGGAUCCCAGAUUCCGUCCUUCUUUUGUUGGGUGAGGAGCGCUAGGCAAACGCAUCCACAAAGGCUUUGGAAAGAAGCAGUUUGACCGUCCACACUCGGCUGUAGCCCCGGGUAACUAUUAGGAGCCCCCGAAGGGUGGUAGAAGCGGAGGCCCGGGAAGCUCAGCCCUCGCUGGGAGGCCUCGCAGCAGGGACCCCAGGCCACCGCGCGGCAGGCGGGCAGAUCCCACCCCUUCCUGAAAGAAGCGCCCUCCUCGCCGAGACUGCCGCCGCCGCCGCCGCCGCCGCCGCGCCGCCACCGCCGCCGCCGCAGGUCACGGCCCCGCGAGGUGUCCGCGGCCCCGCCGCACGGAAGCAGGGGUACAGGCAUGGAUGGGAAGAAAUGCAGCGUAUGGAUGUUUUUACCUCUUGUAUUUACUUUGUUUACUUCAGCUGGAUUGUGGAUAGUAUACUUUAUAGCUGUGGAAGACGACAAAAUUUUCCCGUUAAAUUCAGCUGAAAGGAAACCUGGUGUGAAGCAUGCACCGUAUAUAAGUAUUGCAGGUGAUGAACCUCCUGCAAGCUGUGUGUUUAGUCAAGUUAUGAACAUGGCAGCAUUCCUAGCUCUUGUGGUAGCUGUUCUUCGCUUCAUACAACUGAAACCAAAGGUUUUAAAUCCGUGGCUGAAUAUUAGUGGAUUGGUGGCACUGUGUCUGGCUUCCUUUGGAAUGACCUUACUUGGUAAUUUUCAGCUCACUAAUGAUGAAGAAAUCCAUAAUGUCGGAACCUCCUUGACCUUUGGAUUUGGCACAUUGACCUGCUGGAUCCAGGCGGCAUUGACCCUCAAAGUCAACAUUAAGAACGAAGGACGGAAAGUUGGAAUUCCACGAGUUAUUCUCUCAGCAGUGGUCACUCUCUGUGUAGUCCUCUACUUCAUCCUCAUGGCCCAAGGCAUCCACAUGUAUGCAGCCAGGGUCCAGUGGGGACUGGUCAUGUGCUUCCUGUCUUACUUUGGCACCUUUGCUGUGGAAUUCCGGCAUUACCGUUAUGAGAUUGUUUGUUCCGAGUACCAGGAGAAUUUCCUAAGCUUCUCAGAAACCCUGUCUGAAGCGUCUGAAUAUCAAACUGACCAGGUGUAACCCAUCAGUUUUUCCUUGCUGGUGAGGUGGGUGUGAUCAUGGGGGAGGGCCCAGGAGGACACACCCACAGGACUUGACACAUAACCUCAUGACACAUUUUACACACACACACACACACACACACAUACACAUACACACACACACAUUCUCAAACAUGUUCAUGGCCACAUUUGCCAAAUGAGCUUUUCAGGGUAUUAUUUCUUUAACAAAAAAGCACAAGCCUUUAUGUGUCAAAAUACACCGUUACACUGAAAAUAUAUGCACGACAGAGCAAGAAGCUUGUGCAUGAUCACCUUUAUCCCUCUCUCUCCCAAUACUCCCUGUUCUUCUCAUUCUCGUCACAUAUUUCAGACAUUGUGAUCACCCUACUAUAGGGUAGGGCAGGUCAAAUGUAAUAUGGGAAUAAUGCCAGUUCCCGAAGUUGCCUUCAGAUCCAAAGGGCUUGGAACCAGCUCAUGAGGAAGUUCUGAAUCUGGCACUAACACUCUAAUGUAUAGAGUGUCAUCUGAUUGGAUGGAAACUGUAUAGAGAUGUGACCUUGUGUAACCUGUGAAAAGGCAUGGGAUCAAGGAUAGAACUUUCCCACAAAAGCGCCAUCAUUGUUCAGUGGUUGGAGGUGAGGAUUCAGUGAAAGGAAUACGCUACAAACUGUGAAGGUGAAACCCACCACGGUGAUUUGGACUAAACUGUGACUGAGAAGUAUUACCAAUGUGCAUAUUUGUAGGGACAUGGCCUACGAGGAAUGGAACAAGAUGGGGCAGCCAGGGCGCGGUUUCAUUUUUGCUUUGAUAGUAUGCUCUGUAUAGUUUUUGUUUUAUAUUUCAUGGCUUACCUUCUUUUUUGCAGUAACUACCAACGGUCUCUCAAAGCUUCUUGGACAAAGAUGUAGGCCAAAUGCAAGAGAUGAGCUUGUUUUGUUUAGGUUCAACCAUGAUAAAAGAAAAAAAAAAAUGGUGACCUGCAGGCUUAAUUUGCUGCUUUUAUGUUUGAAGCUAAGAAAAUGUUCACAGAAAAGCACAAAGAAACAUGUGUGGAGGUAAUAAAAAGAGCUCCUGCUGGACAUUUAUAAAAGAUAGGAGUUUUAAAGCAUCUUGUUACAAGUCCAAAUCAGGGGAGAGUCUCUUAAUAUGUAUCGCUAGCUCAAAUUUAGUAUUUUGGGGAGGUUAAGGGCUUUGCAUAUUUGGAAUUUGUAGAAGCCAAUUAAAGGGUUACCCUCCCCCCAAAACAAAUUGUCACAGCUGUCCCCAACUACCUAACAUGUAGUUGCUACCAGCUAAGAGUUUAGAACUCAAUCUGUAGGCCUGGGCUUUUGAGGCUAUGCUUCAUAAAGAACAGAAUUCUAAAUUCAGCAUGUGUUGGUGUAGGCCAAGUUGACAACCCUCUGUGAGUGCACUUUGUUUCAAGAGAUCCCCAAAUUUACUUUAUAGGGGACUGGGAUUUCAUGGACUAUAAUGUGAAAAACAUUGUUUUUUAAUUCAACCCAAACUCAGCUUCUUGGGGUGGGGUGGGGGUCAAUGACUUUUCAUCUCUGUAUUUAUCUCCACCUCCUAGCACAGUGCCUGGCACAUAAUAGGUGCUCAACAAAAUGUCUGUUGAAUAGAAUUAUUGUUAAUUUAAGAGUAGAAAAAAGGAGUAUCAAUAAAGGCUCAAAGACGAGUGAGAGAGAAUAGAAGAUGACUAUUUCAAGGAAGAUGGGAAUGGCAGAAAUGAGUAAGGGUCAUGUGGGGAGUGAGAAUACUUGUAAGUGAUAAGUAAAAUGUGAGGAAAAGAAUCAAACAGAGUAUUCUAUUAAAAAGGCAUCUUACUGUAAAUAGUCCAAGGUGACAUUAUUUUAGAAUACUGCUUUUGGGUUUUUUUUCCUUUUUAUAUUUUAAAAUUUUAAUCAGAGAACAAACAUUUAUGAACUUUUCUUUUACUCGAUCCAAAUUAAACAGCUUUUGGUGAUGCACUGUACACUUUCUUAAGAGUAUAUCUAAUAGCACAUUUUAGCAGAAUCAAGCAAUGAGUGGCAUUAUUCAUUGGGAUCUGACCACUAAAUAAAAUUCUUUUAUUCAGAAUUGUGAUUUGUAUCUUACAUUAACAUCUCUUCUCUAAUACUGAAGCAUGUGUAAACUCAAUGAGACGUUAUGUUGAAAAUGAACUUCACUGUUCAUUUUCAGUGUUAUGUUGGUAAUUUAUUUCUAGGGUGUUUUCUAACACCAACAACCAAUUCUCUGAUUUUCCUGACACCCACUGGAUGUCCUACAAUUCAGUUUGAUUCUGACACUAACUACCCAGAGCUAUCGUCAGACCCCACAGGUUUAAGGGGGUCCCACAAGACUGCUUUCACUUCAAAUGCCAGCUACAAGUAUUGGGCCCCAAAUUACCCAUACUUCUGUCCAACUUGGCUAUAAAGUUGGGGAGUUCCCACAACUCCCUUCCCUUUUAAGUUUGGUAAUUUGCUAGAAGGGCUCACAGAACUCAAGAAAACAUUUUACUUCCAUUCACCUGUUCAUUAUAAAGGAUAUAACUCAAGAACCACCAAAUGAAAGCAAUACAUAGGGCAUAGAAAGGGAAGGAUGGGUGCAGGGGUAUGCCAUCCUCCCAGCAUUUCAACGUGUUCUCCAACCCAGAAGCUCUGAAUCUGUUCAAGAGUUUAUAGAGCUCACUCUCCAGCACCCUUCCCCACCCACUUCCCGGAGGUAGGUCAGGAGGUCUAAUCACUUGGUCAUUUCCGGUUGACCAGCUUCAUCCUAAGGCUAUCUAGGAGCCCCACCCUAAGGGACUUCAUUAACAUAAACUCGGGGUUCAUUAUGAAUAACAAAAUACACUCCUAUCACUCAGGAAAUUCCAAGAGUUUUAGCAGCUCUGUAGCAGGAAGUGAGAACAAAGACCAAAUAAUUUUUGUAUUAUACCAUACAUUUAAAUAAAGAUCAAGAUGACAGAACCUUCUAGGAGUUAAGAACAACAGCCUUCUCUAAGAGGCUGAGCCCAGGGCAUCUGCAUUUGGAAUGAGCGGCCCUGGAGGCUCUAAUGCAGACGGCCUAGAGAACUGUGUCUGAAAUACACUAAACUACGUUGUUGGUAGUCCAUCUAAGUCAAAGAAGCAAAGUUCCCCUCCUGGUUAAGAGAGAAAUAUAUUUUUUUAAAGGUUAACAUUUUUAAGGUUCAAUAGGUUUUUUUUACUUAAUGGAGGACUGACAGUGAGGUAAAGUUUUAUUACCUGUGUUGUUUAUUGUUGUUGCUUUUUUUGCCUGCCCCUGGUAUGGGAAAGUAAAGCCUUUGUAUCCUGAAAUUUGUAAUCUAUUACUUAUAAUGGAGCAGGAA